AUGAGGUUUUCCGUGACGAUGAAGGAAACGCCGUCGAUCACCCCGGCCUGCGGCUUCGCCUCAGCGAUUUCACUUACAAGGGCCCAGAAGGAGAUGGGACAUGAAGAUACGGAUAUCUCCAUCUCUGGGAUACAACUCUGUCACUAUCUAGAUGCGGUGGAUAGAAAAUUAGAGCGAGCCCUGGGCGAUCAAUCUCUUGCUAAGGACGUUAAAAAGCGGAAACGGUUGGAAACACCUCCUGAAGCUAUUAGGGCAGGUGAUGAAGCAAAGUAUGCCGAGCAAGAGGAGAGAGCAGCGAAGCGCGCGGAUCAUGACAUGUAUUAG